AUGAGGAACGUUUUCGCUACGCUUCCCUUUCUGUCCGGUCUCGCCGUGGCUGUGGCCUUCCUUGUCAACUGGACCGCCGCUUAUGACAGGAGGGUGCCUGGCUUCUUGCAGAGGCGAGCUGUCAACUCGACCGAGCUCAAUGCCUGCAAGGCAAUCGGCAGCGCAUUCACCACUUCCGGUAGCAGGGUCGUCUACCCUCUCGACCUGUCCUACCUCGGUCUCCUCGAACACUACAUGUCCUCUUCCACUCAGUUCUCGACCUGUGUCGCUGUUCCAGCAUCACCUGCUGAUAUCUCUGCUGCCAUCAAAGUCAUCGGCAGCAGGCGCAUUCGCUUCGCUGUCAAGGCCGCUGGUCAUGCUUCAAAUCAGGGCUUCUCUUCGACUCCAGGUGUGCAGAUCAGCCUCGAGAAGUUCCAGCAGGUCAACCUCAGUGGCGACAAGAGCACCGUUGACGUUGGACCCGGUAACAUUUGGGACAACGUCUACAAAGGUCUUGAGGGCACUGGCGUUGCUGUCGUCGGUGGCCGUGUCUCUGGUGUCGGUGUUGGUGGCUUCAUCACCGGUGGUGGUGGCUACAGUUACAAGACUAACCAGUACGGUCUCACCGGUGACACCCUCGUCUCGGCUGACCUUGUGCUUCCCGACGGUACCCUGACCACUGCUUCUCCUUCACAGAACUCUGACCUGUUCUGGGCAAUCAAGGGUGGAGGAAACAAGUUUGGUAUCAUCCACAACUUCAAGCUCAAGACUGUUCCUCAGGGUCAGGUUUAUGGUGGUCUCCGUACCUACACCGCUGACCAGGUCGACGCUGUUGUCAACGCUACUCUCGACUUCUCUGAGAACAGCAAGGACCCUAAGGCAUCCGUCCUUCCUACCUUCAACUUCAUUCUUGGCCAGCCCGGUGUCAUCGUGCUUUGUUUCUACGACGCUCCCACUCCUGCUGCCAACACCUUUGCUGCAUUUGACAAGACCAGGGCGCGCACCUUCACCGACGACUGGAAGACACGCUCGAUCCUCGACCUCGUCAAGAGCGCACCAUCUGACUUGCAGAGCGGUCAACGCGGUGCUUUCCACACCGUCUCUCUCGAGAAGUAUAGCAAGCCUUUGCUUGACUUGAUCGUCAGCGAGCUCAAGUACUACGGAUCGCAGAGUUUCCUCCACAGCGGUACCCUCGUCUCUUACGAUGUCGAGCCUUUCCUUCCCUACUCGCAGUACGCUCAAGAAGCAGCAUGGCCCCACAAGACCAACGCACUGCCCCUCAACCUCUACUUUGCAUGGACCAACCCUGCAGAGGAUGCUUUCUGGACUGACGCCAUCAAGAAGUCAGCCGCCAAGAUUAGCGCUCAAGCUCGUGCUGAGGGCCAGAACUUGGAUAACCUUUACCUGUAUCCCAACUACGCGAUUGCAGGCACACCAUCGUCGGAGCUCUACGGUCCUAACCUCAAUCGCCUUUCGCAGCUCAAGAAGCGCUUUGACCCUCAAGGCGUCAUGGACUUGACCACGUACUUCCCCUUCUAG